AUGUGUACUAGUGCAGUGUUUACCGAACGGUACCAAGAAUUUGGUGGGGCCAUUAUGGAUGCGAUGGACGACCAACUGAUAACAUCGUGUAAAAACACAAUUAACGCAGAUGUAUACCAAUGUGAGCAAGGAAUCCGUUGGGAUCAGUACCCCGAUGCAACCACCGAUGAAGGUAACGCAAAAACCACGUCAAGUUAUAAAGAGCUAGAGUGCAUUCUUACUGUAAAGUUAUAUGAAAUACACAAAUGUACGGCCGAUGAGUCUAUAGCGGUACAGAAGUAUUACAAUGGUCAAAUUAUUACCAAUAAUCAACACAACUGCGUUUCCUACCCAUAUGUCAAACCAACGGUACGUACGGUUGACAGUGCCGUCGGGCGACUCCUUCUGGUCGAUGAACAACACGUGAUAAUCACCAAAAUAGCCAAAAUUGGUAUUGAAAGUGACCGUAUUAUCAUCGAUGCCAUCGAUUCGCAAUUCACCCGAAUCCAUUGA